CUUUUUCUUCCCUUUCUUUUUUUCUUAGCUACAUACUAUAUGGACCAGGAAAAAAUCAUUCGAGGAACAGGACUGAACCUUACUUGGUUUUCAAAGCUGUCAACGAUGCCAAAUAUGAAUUCUUUAUCAAAUGGUUAGAACGAUCAAACUUUCCUCCCACCAAAAUGACACUUGCCACAUUCAAAAACACUGGUCGAGGUAUGAUGGCGACUUCGGAUAUUGCAGCUGGAGAAGUGAUUGUACGUGUACCAAAAUCAUUCUUGAUAUCUAAUGAUGCAUUAUACAAAAUCUAUGGUCCUCAUUCUUUAAGUACUCACCAACUUCUUGCCUUACAUUUGGUGUUAUUAUUACAAGAUUCGAAUUGCUGGUGGAAACCUUAUUUGGAUCUUCUUCCUAGUCAUUUCAAUACCUUACCUGUCACUUUCCCACCUACUCUUUCUAGUCACUUACCUGAUGGUCUGAAAAAUGAAGUAGAACUUCAAAGACAAAAGAUCAAAUCUGACUAUUUGGCAGCUGUCCAAUUUCUCAAGACAAAAAAGACAUUGAUGGAACCAUCAUCACUAUCCUCCAAACAAUAUGAAUGGGCCUGGUUAUGUGUGAAUACACGUUGUAUACAUGUGACAACAAGCGACAAUACAGCCAAAGGAGGGAAUAUAGCCAUGGCACCACUUUUGGAUUUUCUCAAUCAUACAUCAGAAGCAAGGAUUGAAAGUGGAUUUAACCCUCAAACUCAAAGUUUUGAAAUUAAAACAUUGAUACCCUAUCGAAAAGGUGAACAGGUCUUCAUCAAUUAUGGUCCUCAUGAUAAUCAAGCCAUCUUUAGGGAAUAUGGUUUUGUGUUACCACAGAAUGAAUACAAUUUUGUGUCUUUGGAUAAAGAAGUAUGGUCUUUAUUUGAAGAUAUUGAACCAUCAGAAAAAGCAAGAUCAACCAAAAGAUGGAUAUUGAAAAAUUCUGGAUAUGAAGGGGAUUAUACGGUGAAAACAGGGGAUAUCUCAUUUAGAUUAUUAUGCGCAUUACGAUUAUUGGCUAUCAAAGGAAGUGAAGGUGGAACUUUUCAAAGAUCAGUGAUGGCAUGGCAAGAUGUGAUCAUGGGGCAAUCCGAUCAAAUAGAUGACACCAACGAAAGAACGAUGUAUCACAUGUUGAAAUCUAUUUGUACAAAUGCACUCGCUCAUUCUGAAAACAAACGAAGUGGUCUCAAUAACUUGGCUAAAUCUAGUAUACAUCAUCCUUUUGCUCUUCUCUUCCUUCGACAAAUAUGGAAUGAAUCAUGCGACAUCUUACAAGAUACAUUACAUGACAUAGACACUAGACUAACUACUUUAUGAAAUACAAUGAAUAAAGUCACCUGUAUUAUA